AUGGCAGCGAGUAAUGGCGGCGCAUCUUCUCCAGCAUUGCCGGAGAACAAGGGCCGGUUCUGGAAUCGAAGACUGCGGCGUGCCUCCUUUAUAUCGCCAUCGACUGGGGAGAGAUCGAAGCGGACAUUCACAUUACGGGAGGCUACACACCGCCUAAGCGGCGAUGAUGAGACCACGCCCUUACUGGACGAUGGUGCCACAGCCAACCGACAAGGCAGCUCUAAAUGGCUUCACUUCCAGGAGCUAGCCAAGCAACAGACUACCAAAGGCUGGCAAUUUGCAACCUCCAAGACUGGGCUCGGCAUCUUCAAGUGUGCUCUCGCUUACUUGAUCGGUUCACUGGCUACUUUCGUUCCUGCGAUCGCUGGAUUCAUCGGAGACAGGCAAGAUAGUAAGCACAUGGUCGCCACUGUGACAGUAUGGUUCCAUCCUGCUCGAUCGAUUGGCUCGAUGCAUGAAGCUACUGUCCUAGCAGUGAUUGCGCUGCUCUACUCCGCUUUUGUCAGCUUUACUUCAAUGACGAUCAGUAUGCUAUUCGGCCGACAAGAUCUCCUAGCUGUAGGACAUGCCAUCGUGCUCGUCGUUUUCAUUGGUGGGGGCCUCGGCUUGGUCGCGUGGGUGAAGCAACGACUUGGACAUCCACUUGUGAACGUGGCUUGUUCGCUGGCUUCGCUCGGAUGUAUCACGGUCUUGAUCAAGGAGGGCGCUGUUCAAGCUGGAUCUUUCUCUCACGAAAGAGUGCUCCAGGUCCUGUUUAUGGUUGUCAUGGGAGUUGUCAUCGUGACUGCUGUCAAUAUUCUUGUAUUACCUACCACGGCACGUGGCUCGCUUGUCAAGGAUGUGGAGAAGAACACUGAUCUGCUUGCCGACAUUCUCAUCAGCAUCACUCGAGCUUUUCUGUCUGGUCGCCGCUCUGAUCUUGAGGACGAGUACUACAAGAAGUUGACAAGUGAUCAACAGGCAUCCUCUGGCUCGAUGAGUAAGAAUCUAGGUGAAGCAAAGCGCGAGCUGUGCUUGCUUGGCAAGGAGCGGCAGUAUGAUCUAGAAGCAAGGAUUGUGGACUGCCUGAUCGGUCUUGCUCAAGAUCUUGGUGGCUUGAGAAGUGCUGCUUUUGCACAGUUCUCCUUUAUGGACGAUGCGUUUACACAGCCUGCGACGAACGGGAACGUGAACGGCACAAUGUUACCCACGAAGACGCAAGAUGCACGCCCGAACAUACUCGACCGCAUCACGGAGGAUCCAGAGGACGACACGGAAGGUGUGCACAGGCCAUCUGUUGGCAUCGACACCGCGAUCACGCCAGACAGACGGGCCAGCAUCGACUCUAUCACCUACCUAGACACACCAAUGUCUAUGAAGUCACCUGGCGAUAUGUUCCUCGCAUUCAUAGCUCAGCUCGGGCCGCCGACUAAGUCACUCGUAUACACUAUCAAGCAGAUCCUUGACGAGCUGCCGUUCCAGCAGAAACCAAAUGCAGGUAUCUGGUCCAUGUACGCUGGUGUCCCGAAUGUGGAAGUCGCGGUGAAUGAGAACUUCCACUCUAGCCUACAGCGUGCUAUCGAGAUGUACCGGCAAGCCCGUGCCGAUGCUCUGCGCAAGCUCCAUGCUAGUCGUGCGAUCAAUGCUGCUGGGCUCGCUUCCCAGCAGGGUGGGAAGGGUGCGAAAGCCCCGUCUAGCUUUCAGAUAAGCAGUCCCGCGAAGUCCACGAUGGGCGAGACAAGACUCGAAGCUGUGCUGGCUGAUAUCGAGGAGGUGUCGGCAUGCUGUGGGCACUUCUCGUUUUCACUGCUAGAUUUCGCCGAAGAUGUGCUCACCUAUCUGAAGCUGCUAGAAGAUCUGAAAGCCGAGAUGCAGACACCUAGACAUUCGUGGAGAUGGCUUGCUCCCUGGUGGCCACGCGGAGAACGUCAGCACUCUACAGACCAGCCACUACCUUCGAAACGCUUCCACGAUCACAGCGAAGAGUACGACAUGCCUCGUGAUAUUCCUGCCCACGUACAACAAGCAGAUGCAUUCGCCGAUCCGGAAAAGGCCUCUGCUAAUCGACCCUGGUCCUACAGUCUCUACCGAGCACUCCACAUCUUCCGGCGAGACGACGUACGGUUCGCCAUCAAAGUCGGCCUUGGUGCUCUGCUGUACGCUCUACCGGCCUUCUUGCCUGAGACAAGACCUUUCUUCGUGCAUUGGCGUGGUGAGUGGGGCCUGGUGUCGUACAUGGCCGUGUGCUCGAUGACGGUUGGCGCAUCCAAUACUACCAGCAUCAAGCGGUUGAUCGGGACUUGUAUCGGUGCUCUCCUGGCUAUCGUAGCAUGGGUCGUAUCAAGUGACCACGGCGAUGCCAACCCUUGGCUACUUGGCUUCUUCGGCUGGUUGAUGGCACUUGGGUGUUUCUACCUCAUGCUGGCUCUUGGAGAAGGACCGAUGGCUCGGUUUAUUCUGCUGACUUACAAUCUCGGUGCACUGUACUCCUACAGCCUCUCUAUCCGAGACGAUGACAACGACGACGAUGAAGGCGGCAUAGACCCAGCCAUAUGGAGCAUCGUCCUUCAUCGCCUCGUAGCAGUCAUCGUCGGCUGCCUUUGGGCAAUCGUCAUCACACGCUUCAUCUGGCCCAUCUCAGCUAGACGAAAGCUAAAGGAUGGUCUGUGUGUCCUUUGGCUUCGUAUGGGCCUGGUAUGGAAACGUGAUCCCCUCGCCAUGUUCUUACUCGGAGAGCCGCGAAGCAGCUACAUGGACAUCCGGGAAGAGGCUACACUACAAUCAUUUCUAUCGAACCUGGAAGGUCUACGCAAGGCCGCUACAUCCGAGUGGGAGCUCCGUGGUCCUUUCCCUGACAAGCUUAUUGGCCGAAUACUGGAGCGUACAGGACGAAUGCUCGACGCUUUCCACGCUAUGAACGUCGUGAUAAGCAAGAACCUGCAAUAUACGCCCGGAGAAGCCGCAGUCCUACGGUACACACGACCUGAGCGGUUCGCACUAUCUGCUCGUAUUAGCCACUUGUUUUCUGUAUUGGCCAGUAGUGUCAAGCUCGAGUAUCCGCUCAAUGAUGUUCUCCCUUCCAUCGACCAUACGCGGGAUCGAUUGCUGGCGAAGAUAUCUGAAUUUCGCCAGGGGGGCGAGGGACGGGAUAUUACUACUGAGCAGGAUUAUGAGUUGCUCUAUGCCUAUGUUCUCGUCACUGGACAAUUAUCAGAAGAUAUACAAGCUGUGAGCGCCGAAAUCGAGACGUUGUACGGGACGCUCAACGAAGACAACUUCAAGCUUCAAUAA